AUGGGCGGUGUCUAUGGGGGUUUGGACUCGUCUACGCUGCUGCGGGUGGAAGAUGCCGCGCACGAAGAGGUGGCACGCGCCGCCUUCAGAGCCUUUAGGGCCUUCUGCAGGGAGUACGACCUCAAAGCCAAGCUGAUCAGCAACAAGUACACCGUGACCGAUUUGCGGGCGAUGGACACACAGGGUCAGCCGACAGAUUUUGCGGUGUGGGUCUCACAAAGAAGCAUGAAUCAGUGGAAAAAGGUCACAGGUGAGAGUCGGGAGACAGUCCCGAGGCACCGACUCUGGCGGCAUUUCGUCCGGGAGGUGCAAGAGUGCCGAUUUGGCAGAGCUGAGCCUGCUGAGAACAAUGACGUGCCCGAUGGCUCCGACGUCGAGGAGGUUGCUGCUGAAGGCGACACUCGAAUGGAGAUCCCUGCAGAUGUUCGCGAGGCUGUUUGCACACUGCACCCGAAGACAAACAUGUUGGCAGGGCUCUUGUGCGACCAUGGCCUGAUGUGCCGAGUGCGCGCUGCGUGCUUGGUGGAUAGAAAGGACAUGGAGGCGCUGCUGCAGGCGUCCGAAGAGAAAGACAAGUUCUGGAGCUCAGAGGGCCUUCGACAGCAACUUGCAAGCGUAGUCGCAGCCGUCGACGUGACCGGCGGCGGCCAGAGCGGAGAAGAGGCUGUGCGCCUCGUCUCCCUCGUCCACUUCUUCGGGCGCCUGGACUCGGAUCAGGGAAUCAGAGGAUUGCGGCUCGUCGAAAAGAAAGAUAUCCCGCACUCCGGCGUCGAAGUUCGACGAGGUGAAGGUGAAAGCGACUUGAUUCCGGUGCUGCGAAUUCGUGCCAAGCAAGAUCGAGACGGACACCAAGGAAUCGGGAGGAUCCAGCAAAUCAUUGAUUUGCAGCUGGUGUGUCGAACAUGCGCUUUCACUUGCACGAAUCCCUCUUGCCGUCAGAUUGUCAAGCUGACUGAGAUGUAUGUCUACCGCCUUCAGCAGCCUCUGCCAGCCCCACGGCAGAAGGCCGCCAACAACGCCAGGAGGCGCGCACUGCGGGUGGCCAAGCGCUCGGUACCUGUUCGGCGGCGAGUGCAUCUCGUUUCACGUCGAGCACACCGGCUUAGGGAUGUCCCCGCGUCCUCUCCGCGUACCGGGUGGGUUGAGCCGCCACCAGUUCCUGGACCGGGUGAGCGGAAACGAGAGCAAGUCGUUGACCGCCUUCGCUUGCGUCUCGUCAGUCGACGUGCAACACAGCUUAUCGAAGCGCUCGAGCGGCGGCAUGGUGAGCGAUGGUCCGAACAUGUGAAAGCAGGUGGUUUCCACGUCGAUGAGGCCAUGCGACGCAUUUGCGAGGCCUUCCAACUGCGGCCCGAACUGGAGCGGCAGGUUCUUGCUUUGGCCCGGCGCCGCGCGCAGGGCUGGCAGGCAGCCUCGGAAUGCUCUGCGUCCCCGAGCGGCAGCGACGGCGAACAGCCGGCCAUGCCGUCCAGGCCGGGGCCCUUGCACAAGUUGGUCCUGGUGGAACACAGCUUCGAAGAUGGCCCAGGCUCAACCAGGUCGACGGCCUCGACAGCAUCCUUCGGAUCGCUCUCAUCACCUUCCGAAGAUGAGGCCACACUAAAAGAUCCUAGCGAUCUGCCGUGGCAAGAGAUUGAUUGGUUGAUGGAUUCAACUCAACGACAUUGCCUCGAUGGCGGGCCAAAACUGGGAAGGGCUCCCUGGCUGCAGCGUGCUUUGCGCACGCUGGACUUGGAUCCGCCUGGCGCGAGGUGCGCGACGCCGCCGGCGCCGGCGAGAGAGGCUGCGCUGGUGUCUCACCCAGUUGACUCACAGGGCGAGGAGGAGGACGAAGAACUCAGUCGCAAGCUGGUCACAGCCAUCAUCAACGCGGAGCGCCAUGCGGAGUUGUCCGAGACCUUGCAAGAGGUCCUCGGAGAUGAAGGCGGUGUUGACGAUGAUGACGACAGAGGGCCGCGGCGACAGCGAAGCAUCGAUUUCCAAGACUCCGACAUCCGCUUUUUUGUCAUCGACCCUCAGGGCGAGGCGAUGGGCGAAGAGUACUGUCGGGCCUUGCAAACCAAGGCUUUUGACGGCCCCAGCGGACACAAAGCCCGGAAAGCCUCCUGCUCAGAUGAGGGCUUUGACUCCUCCGACGACGAGAGUGACGAGGAGGAGGAAGACUGGAAAGACCAGUGUGACGAAAUGGCCGACUUGAUGGGCCAGCAGCGUCAGAUGGUUUUAUGGUCGGGAUCUUGGUAG